UAAUUACUCCACUAAAGUAUAAAUAACCAAAAUUACUAUUUAAGUAAAGUAAAGCAUUUGUACUUAGUUACUUGACAUCCCUGGUUAAUUAGUGGCAGUUUCAAAGAGGACUCGUAGGAUCCGGGUUAGUUUGAAUGUCGGACUCGUUAGUUCUGAUUCRAUGUGAGGAUUCGAUUCUUUAACUCGAUGAGUCAUGAGCCGGUAAUGGGCUCGCUGUUAAAACCAGGCUGCUCUUCUUCUAUUGGCUCAGCAGCAUCGGAAGUUCUCGCGGCAGACAGCUGCUCAUGUUCAGGGCACCGGGCGGAACCAGACUCAUCACUCUGAGGACUUUAUUGUCUGGAGCCGUUCUCUCUUUUAUUAACUGGACGCGGGUAUAAAGAACGGGUCCGGGUCCGGUGAAGCUGGUUUAUUGGAGCCCACAUGAAGGAGCUCCUCCCGGGUCUCUCUUCCUGCCUUCUGUCAGGAGCGGCGCUACAAUAGAACGCAUCAUGGUCGCGGGAGAGCUCGUGCAGGAGCAUCUGCGCGCGGAUCCCGGCGCACCUGARGACAUCAGGAGGCGUCCCGAGCCGGACGGGGCAGCGGCGGACCUGUGCCCGACCUUCGCCGAGGCGGAACCGGCGGACACGAGCCGGGCGCUGCUGGAGGCGGAGGUCCCGCCGGAUGAAAGCGAGGCGAUGCUGCCGAACGGAGGAGGAGGAGGAGGAGGCGGGGAGGGYAAGGAGGAAGAGGAGGGCGGGAGGACGCUCGAGACCAGGGUGUACCGGCGCCGGUUCGCGGUGCUGGUCGUGUUCAGCCUGUACUCCAUGGUGAACGCGUUCCAGUGGAUCCACUACAGCAUCAUCACGAACGUGUUCASGCGCUACUACGGCGUGAGCAACGACCGGGUGGACUGGCUGUCCAUCGUCUACAUGGUGGCCUACAUCCCGCUCAUCUUCCCCGCCACCUGGCUGCUGGACCGCAGGGGUCUGCGGCUCACGGCCCUGCUGGGCUCCGGCCUCAACUGCGCCGGCGCGUGGAUCAAGUGCGCGAGCGUCAGCCCCGAGCGCUUCGCGGUCACCGUGAGCGCGCAGGUCGUCUGCUCCGUGGCGCAGGUGUUCAUCCUCGGCCUGCCGUCGCGCGUGGCCUCGGUCUGGUUCGGACCGCGCGAGGUGUCCACGGCGUGCGCCACCGCCGUGCUGGGGAACCAGUUGGGGACAGCCAUCGGCUUCCUUCUGCCUCCAGUCUUGGUCCCGAACACGCCCGAUGAUCCUGAACGAACAGGUCACAACAUCAGCGUCAUGUUCUACGGCACAGCUGCUGUCUCCACGUUCCUCUUCAUCCUCACCGUUAUCGGGCCAGGAGUUGAAUGCUGGGAGGAUUGGUUUGACUCUUGUUGUUGCUGGGAUGGUGGGCUCCAUCCUCUGCGGUCUGUGGCUGGACCACACCAAGACGUACAACUGCCUGCUGAGUGUCCCGAGGACCUCCCUUCAGAAAAUAAAACCAGCAGAUUUAAGCUGGAGCCUUCGGUCAGUUUCUCCCGUGAGACUUCACUGUGACCUGRCAGGACUGUCGGAGGGAGUUCUGUUCCUUUCUGUGCCUCAGCAGAGAAAACUACAGCACAAUCAUUUUUUUGUUACAUCACUGUUUGGGUCUGCAGGACUGACGGAAGUGACUUCAGCCGAGCUUCAGCUCUCUGAUGGAGCAGUUUGACUUCCUGAAAGCUCCUCUGAAUGUCUCCUGGUGCCACGUGGACGAGCUUCUURUAGUGAACCUUUAGGUUUCAUCCUGAAGACUUUUUAUUUUUUAUGAAAAUUUGGUGAGAAUUGAGAAAUAAGUAUGCAAUCUAAAAAAAAACUCUCCACUGCACUUUAUUUCUGUUGGAUGUAAAGAGAAGCUGAUGGAAGGAAAUAUUUUGCAGCAURAUCUCUGUAAUGUGCUCUGAUGUUAGUUUUCUGACUCUAACAGGGUUUCUGCAGGGAUUAGAAGUCAGUAAAUGGAUUUUGCACAACUUAGGACCUUAAAGUGCCUGUGACAUGUAUAUUCAUGAAAUACAAAAAGUAAAAAAAACAUUGAUGUAUUUAAUAAACUUAGUAUAUAUAAUA